AUGUCAAAUAACUCGGCAGUUUGGAAAAAACACUACAAGGCAAGGGAUGGCCCAGCGUCGACUAGCCCAGUCCCGAUCAAAGUUAAGAAGCGUAGGAUGUCCUCAUUCGGUUGUUUGUCUUCCCCAUAUACAAGAAGGAGUUCGUUCCUUUCGAAAGCCAUGUUAGAAAACGAGUCCUUACAAUGCUACAAGCUUCACAGCCAUUCCUCAUUCUACUCUGCUGGAGAUAGUAAGCAUGAAAACCUACCAGCCUUCUCUAUAAGCUUAUCAGAGAGUCAAGGCUUCAUUUGGAACCAAGAUUUAUUUGCGUCAAGCUAUCAACAAUCUGAAGCAGGAGUUGACAAACUGCUAAGUAUGUCCGACGGGUCGUUUCUUGACGAUGAAGAUACUAUAAACCCAAUAGUCGACGUCAUUGAUGUUAUCCUAUCACCUAAUGAUUACCACAGUGACGAAGAGGCCAAUGUUGACAUGUUGAAGACAGACAAUACAAACAAAGGGGAAAGAAUCCAGGAAGUAGGUACUGAUCAGUAUGGAGGAUGCAAAUCACUAAAUUUGCAUAGCUUUAAUGCUUCCAAUAACACACUAAAAAAUGAAAGGGAAGUGGAAAUAGGAAUCAAAAUCAACUCCAUCAAUAACCUUAACGCUGCCGAAUAUAAAGAUUCGAAUAUCUACGUCUCUAACCUAUAG